AUGGCUCACCUAGCACUUAACCAAACGUCUGACCAAACGUCUUACCCAGCACAUAACCAAACUGCUUACCUAGUACACAACCAAGUGACUUACCAAACACCUAACCUAAGAUCUGACUGCCGUCGUCCUACUCUGGCGGUGGGACAUGAUGAACAUAAGGUGGCGGUGGUUGGCAAUAAUAUUAAUCAAAUAAUCUCAUACAAUAACUUAAUUAAUAUUGAAGUGGACCACCUUAAAACUGACGUUGACAAUUUAGGCAAGUGGAAGACUGCGGCCGGGAGUGUCAUUGACAAGGCUAACGGGAAGUGUGAGGAGAUACUUAAGAAAGUUAAGACAGAUGGUAAAGCUGAGAUUCAUAAGAAUGCCAAAUUGUUACGAGAUAAGGGAAAAGAGCUUUUGGACGCCGCGAGUAAGGCCAAGGAGGCUGUUGAGGCUCAGGUAAAAUCAGCGUUGAAGGCUGUUGUGGAGAUGGACAAAUCUCUUAAGAUGGAUUUGAAGAGUGUGAAAGAGGCGAUUAAGAUAGGGAUUCAAGAGGUGAUUGAGAAGCUGCAAGUUAAGGAGUUGGAUCAGAAAGUGAAAGAGGAUUUGGGGACGUUGAAGAAGAAUAUUUUGGGGCUUGGCAAUGGUCUGGAGCGCAACGACAAAAACCAACAGCUUGUUAAAGAAGCGUUGUCAGCGCUUGGGACGGCGAAGAGUGAUUUGGAUCAGAAGACUAUUAACCCAAUCAAGAAUGAGGUGGAGAGUGAGCUUGACCAGAAGUUUCAGACGCAUAUCCAACAUCCGCUUAGCACUAAAGUCAAUGCAGUUGACACGGCGAUUGAGACGCUUGGCGGGCAUUUUAAGAAUGGCACUACACCGAAAACUAUUGAAAAGAUUUUCGAACAUAUUAAAGGAAAGGUUGGGGAGAUUAAGGGUGACGGAAGACAGAAAAAGGGCCUCGAUGGGAUUGUGGCGAAAGUGAAGGACCUUGCUAACGCGUUUGUUCAGAAGGGUAACAAUAAUGGCUUUAAGGCUAGAGUAGGUGGAUGGUUGGAAGGUGUAAUAGGGAAUGGGAGGGAUAAGCCCGGGUUGAAAUCCGUGACAUCGUGGCUUGACGCGUAUAAUGGCAAGCAUAAGGAUAAAAAUGAUCUUAAAACGCAAGUUAAGAACAAGAUUUGGGAUGCGCUUGGAGACCAAAUUGGUGCCGCUGAGAAGCAGAUGGAUAAUGUAAAAACUAGCAUUGAAAGAAACAACAUCACAAAAAAUGUUGAGGCUGUCAAGGGGGUUUGCGAUGAAUUUGUAACGGGACUUGAUAAGGAACUGACGAAUGGCAAAAUUGAUCAGUUUGCCCAGCAGAUAGCCGGGAAGAUAGAGAGUCCGCAGGGGUUGGGGGUGUCUACUAUGUCUUCCAACAACUCUAAUUCUGAACUCAACCGCGCCGUCCGUGCCACCCUCCUUGCGCUGUGCGGGGGUGUCAAGCACACUGCCGAUGAACUCGAUUAUUUAGGGGUCAAGACCUUUGGCACAAUAUUGGGCGAAGUACACAAAACAACUACGGAGCUUCACGGUCAGCUUGACCAGGCGACUAACAAUGUCGGCCAACCCGCAAACAAAAGCCCCGCCAAAGCCGUGGACAGUAAGUUGGGUGAAGUGAGUCAAGAGGUUACCCAACUUAACGGCAAAUUUCAGACAGUCACAAGUGAUCUUAAAGCUGCAGUCGGCGGUCUUGAAAACGCCGUUAACCUGUUCAACGGUGCCGCCGAAACUCAGAUCAAGGCUGCGGCCAGCACGGCGAUUAAGCAGGCGGCUGAGCAGAUUAGCGGGGAUGGUGUUCCAAUUGAGCUUAAAGAAGGUGGCCUAAUGUCCAAUUUCGAAACAGCCCACAAGCAUGUCCGAGAUGAGCUCCAGGGCAAACUUGAUGACGAAGUUAAGAAGCACAUUGGUCAGGAUGAUACGGCGGUUAGUCAAGGUGGUCAACAAACUAAAUUCAUACUUGCUAAAGAUUAUUUUACAAGUUAUGAUAGUCACGUUGUUCAAGAUCAGAUUAAAGCCCUUAAGGCUGGCGAUACUCUACAGGGCAUUAAAGACGAAGGCUCCCUUCCACUGGCGAUCGGGAACAUCAAGGCUCAGGUGGACAGUGCUUUGCCAAUGAUCGAGCCAAAUCACAGUGGCAAUGACAAGAUUGAAACAACAACCUUCACCGUUCCGUUCAACAAAAUUAAGACACAGUUUGAAGACAUCGGGAAAUUUGUUGAUGAUGCCGACGGGGAAGUUGUUAGGUAG